AUGAAUGUUAAUAAAAACAACAAAGAAAACUUUUUAAAAGAGAAGACUUUAAAUGAUGAUCUAGACUAUAGGAAAGAUGCAGUUCAUGAACCAGUAGACUGCGGAUGUCCAAUGGCACCAGGACAACUGUAUCCAACUGAAACUGGAACAUUAUUUCACGCUGGUAACAUCUUGAUUGCAUUGGUUGGGCUACCUGCCACAUCUAAGACUUUAUUGGCUGUAUCAAUGACAAGAUAUACAAGAUGGUUAGGUGUAAGAACUAGAUCAUUCCAUGUCUCAGAGUAUAGAAGACACAAAAGUAAUAGAAAUAUUGCUCUAAGUUUGAAAUUCGAACAAGAUAUGGUGGACGAAGUUCUUAAAGAUAUUAUCGAUUUCUUCGAAAACAAAAAAGGUCAAAUUGCAAUCUUUGAUUCCUUGAAUAUUCUUAAGUCUGAUAGAAAGAGAUUAGUAUCUCUUUUUGAAAAUAUUAAUGUUAAAGUAUUGUUUAUUGAAUCAAUAGUGACGGAUCCGAAGUUAGUUAACAAGAAUAUCGAAAUAGCAUUAAAAUCCAAUCAAUAUUUAAAUUGGAGAAAAGAAGAUGCAAUUGAUUAUUACACGAAGAAAUUAUCAAUAAAAGAAAGUCAAUAUGAACACAUUACACCUGAUGAGAACUGUAAUUUUCUAAAAUAUAUCAAUUUUGGAGAGCAACUAAUUAUAAAUCAUAAUAAUCAAUUAGGUUAUCUGAUUAACAAAAUAGUUUUCUUUUUAAUGAAUUUGAGAAAUAAGACUAGUCGUGUUUACCUAGCUAGAUGUGGGACUAGUGAUUCAGAUAAAUAUACAAAUGAUGAAGUCUUGAACGAAGAAGGAAUUCGUUACUCUAAAAACUUAACAGAUUUAGUUUUAGAUAGGGUUGGGAUGCAUAGACAAGGAAAAAAAGUAGAUACAGAGUCUUUAGUUAUAUGGACUGGUCCAAGGAAGAGAACAUAUACUACUGGUAAGUUUUUUAUUGAAAAAGGGUUUGAUGUACAAGAAAGAAGCCAAUUGAAACAACUGCAACCAGGUAGCGUUGCUGACAUGACUAUAGAGGAAAUUAAAGAAAAGUAUCCAAAUGAACAUGCAGAAUUUUUAAAAGAUCCGUAUCAUUAUAGAUAUCCAAGAGCUGAAUCAUAUCAUGAUUUGGCGGUUAGAAUGGAAUCCCUUUUACUGGAAUUAGAACAUAUGAAUACUAAUGUCUUGAUUAUUGCACAUGAAUCUACUUUGAGAGUAUUAUAUGGGUAUUUGUUAGCAUAUACAGUGUUAGAUGUACCAAAGUUGGAGUUUUCUAGAGAAUUUUUGACAGAAAUCACUUUUGGACCAUUCUGUAAUACUGUAGAAAAAAUCCCUAUUAAUUAG